AUGCGCGCAACGCCAGCACGGGCCUCUCGCUCACCAGCCUGGCGGCGUCGCUGGACGUCCAGUGUGAGUAUCUCUCCAUCUCCCCAUCUCUCCGUCUCUCUGUUUCUCUAUGCGCGCAACGCCAGCACGGGCUUCUCGCUCACCAGCCUGGCGGCGUCGCUGGACGUCCAGUCCUGGCGGCGUCGCUGGACGUCCAGUGUGAGUAUCUCUCCGUCUCUCCGUCUCUCUGUUCUCUAUGCGCGCAACGCCAGCACGGGCUUCUCGCUCACCAGCCUGGCGGCGUCGCUGGACGUCCAGUGGCUGGCGGACCCCGUGCUCGUGCAGCUGCAGUCGCCCGAGGCGCCGGACAAGGUGCGGGCGGGCGAGGACGUCAUCCUGAGGUGCCACGCCGACGGCAGCGGCGAGAUCAAGUUCGAGUGGUUCAGGAACACGGACCGGAUCACCAAGUCGGACCGGACGGUGCUGCGCAACAAGCGACUGCACAUCAAGUCGGCGAGCGCGAGCGACAACGGCGUGUACUGGUGCAGGGCUGCCAACACGGCCGCCGUCAGGAACAGCUCCGACGACUUCGCCCUCGCGAUACCAGGCGACCAGUCCGCUCUUAUCAAGGUCCGCCCUCGGAACAUCCUGGCAAAGAUGGGGGAUCCUGUCAGGUUUGAUUGCGUGUAUGAACACGCCGACAUAACAGAGUGGUACUUCAGAGGCGACGAUCAACCGUUGGAGAACGACACACGAAUACACAUCUUGUCCAACAGUUCACUGCUGAUUGAUAGCGUUGAGCCGUCGGACGAAGGCUUCUACUCGUGCGUUGGAAUACGUGGGGACUCCCAUCAAGAGGUUCCACAGAAAUACUCAGCAAAACUGAAAAUUGCAUACCUGAGGGACUUCACCCCGGAGUCGUUCGAGCCGCCCUUCCCGGCCGCCCGGACCGGGGCGGUGCCGGAGAGGGCGGGCUUCGAGGUGACCUGCCUGCCGCCCGCGGGGGAGCCGCCCGCCCGCGCCUGGUGGCUGGACCCCCGGGGCCACGUCGUGUCGGACUCGGGCCCCGUGCGGGUGGACGAGACGCGGCUGCUCGUGGAGGCCGCGCGGCCGGACCGGGACGCGGGCAACUACACCUGCGUGGCGGAGAACCUGGCCGGCACCAAGUCCGCCUCCUUCCGGCUGGUCGUAACCACUCCCCCCAGCGUGGUUCAGGGCCCGGCGAGCGUGGCGGCGGAGGAGGGCCAGGCGGUGACGCUGGGCUGCCGGCACGAGGCCAUGCCGCCCCCGGUGACCACCGUCAGCUGGCUCAAGGACGGCCGCCCGGUGGGCGCCCAGCCGGGCAGGGUGGUGGUCCACACCAACGGUAGCCUCUCCAUCGCCGACGUGCAGCUGGACGACCGGGGCAACUACACCUGCCUGGUCGCCACCGCGGGGUUCCCACCCGCGCGCUCCAGGCCCGCCGCCGUGCACGUCAAAGAGAAACUAAAGUUUUCCCCACGCCCUGUCAACAAGAAGUUGGAGCUGGGAUCGAUCGCCAAGGUCUACUGCAAGGCUCAGGGCUCCACGACGCCAGUCAUUAAGUGGGUCAAGUGGGUAAAGGUGCCGGAAGGCGAGGAGCAGCGCAUGCUGGAGCUGCCGAAGCACGUGCAGGACAUCAACGGCACGCUCCACUUCAACAAGGUGCGCGCCGAGGACAAGGGCACGUACACCUGCGUGGCCACCAGCUCCCAGGGCUUCAUCAACGCCACCAUCGACAUCGACGUCAUAGUGACGCCCAAAUUCAGUGUCUAUCCUCGGAACCCAACUGAAGCUUUUGAAGGCUACCCAGUGAUGAUACACUGCAUUGCCGAAGGAGACCCGAAGCCUACGAUCAAGUGGGAUCGCAACAGUAACUUCAGUGCCUUCGACCCACACAGGUUCCACGUGAUGGAGAAUGGCACACUCCUGGUGCAGGAGGUACACAUGUCGGACGAGGGGAAGUACGGUUGCACGGCCGGCAACAGCGGCGGUCUCAAGAGGGAGGAGGUCACUCUCAUUGUCAAAAGUGCUGAAGGAUACCGUCCUCUUGAUGAUUCCGAAGGGGAGAGUUCAAUGAUGACAAAGACAUUCACCAUCACACUCAGUGCUGCCACAGCGUACAUGGUUUUAGUGAUUGGCUUGAUGAUAUGGUGCCGUUACCGCAGAAGGAAGCGCAAGCUAGCUUAUCUCAGUGCCAAUGGAGCUGAAGGUACAGACACAUUGUUCGUCCAUUCCUCGCAAUCACUUCACUCUCCCUCCAGGUCCCGCCUUUCCCGGUCCCGGCCACGUUGGCCUGGACCCACACCUCUCCGACGAGGGCAGUACGGGCAUAACAGGACAUUUAUUUCAACGGGAAAACGGGGACCUGAAGCCGAGGGACUGACGAAGGCGGAGAACGGCGAGGCCGGGGGAGGGGAGCACACGGAGCUGAAGGAGACGGCCAACGGGCCGCGCGACCCCAAGGACCGGGACAAGAGCGAUGGCGGCGACACGGCCCACUCGCACAGCUCCGGCCACAGCAAGCGCUCCAAGGGCAGCUACGACCGGCUGAGCUUCCCGCGCGGCGACCUGCACAGCAUGGUGCUGCUGGGCCGCUGCCAGUACGGGGAGGUGUUCCUGGCCAAGGCCCACGGCGUCCGGGACGGGGAGGGCAAGGACAAGGAGUCGGUGGUGAUGGUGAAGUCGCUGCUGCAGACCCGCGACGACGGCGCCCUCAUGGAGUUCAAGCGGGAGCUGGACAUGUUCCACAAGCUCCAGCACGAGAACAUCGCCAAGAUGCUGGGGCUGUGCCGCGAGGUCGACCCCCACUACAUGAUUCUGGAGUACACCGACUGGGGUGACCUGAAGCAGUUCCUGCUGGCGACGCGGGGCGGGAAGGAGAGCUCCCGCAACAAGAGCCCCCGGCCCCCCCAGCUGUCCGUCACCCAGAUCACCCAGCUGGCCAACCAGGUGGCUCUCGGCAUGGAGCACCUGUCCAACCAGCGCUUCGUGCACAAGGACUUGGCCGCGAGGAACUGCCUCAUCGCCUCCAACCUCACCGUCAAGGUGUCCCUGUCCGCCCUCUCCAAAGACACCUACAGCAAGGAGUACUGCAAGUUCCGUAACCACGUGAUCCCGCUGCGGUGGAUGCCGUUCGAAGCCGUGUACGAGGACGAGUACUCGACAAAGUCCGACGUGUACUCGUUCGCGUGCCUGGUGUGGGAGGUGUUCCACCAGGGGGAGGUGCCGUUCGCCAAGAUGUCGGAUGACUCGGUGCUGUCGGCGCUGAAGAAGCGCGAGCUGCAGUGGCGCCCGCACAAGGCGGCGCCCCAGGCCCUCCAGGCGGUGCUCGCGAGCUGCUGGGCCGACAGCCCGCGGGACCGCCCCACCUUCGCCCAGCUGGCGCAGACCGUCGGCGAGAUAUCCGUCGACAGCGAGAUAUAACGCACCGUCCGGACUUCCAGACUCCGAGCCACCACCGCUGGUAGGACUACAUCUCGGGCAGCACUCGAGUGUUCAAAGUGGUCUAUACGUUAUUCCUGUGAUUUGGUUCUUUUCAAUUCUGAAGCUUUCACUUGUUUCGCACUUACGAUGAUGAUAUCAAACACUUUUGAAAAACAAAGAUGUAAAAAUUUUACUCGAUUUCAGUCUCAUAUUUUUUUAAUUAAGCAUGUUUCUCAAAUGCCUUAAGGCAAAAUCACAAUAGCCUGCGGCCCAGGUACUUUCGUCAUCCGUUCGUCGGUCACGUGACCUGCAGCCGAUUUUAAGGGCCCAAAAAAAUGUCGUCCGUCGGCCCAUCAAAAGUUUGGCAAACUCAUACUUUUGAUGGACGGAUGGAUUAUAUCCCUGAUUUCAGCUGUGACAGUCAAUUGUUACUAGAAUACAGGCCUGUAAUGUUUGUAUUAGGUCGUUCAGAUGUUUUUUAUAAUAACAUUGUGGUUCUUAUAACUCAUGUGUAAACAAUUCAAUCACGACUCUGAAUUUUCCCAAGGAUACGCUUAUACAAUACGUACAAAAAGACAACAUAAAUAGUAAUCUACAUCGAAAUAAGUUUCUGAAAGAAAAACGAAGACUGUUGGUAGCACUAACUUGGGAAAAUAUUUUGACUGUCGUAUGAAAUAAUGUUGUGAUUCGCUUGGCUGACUGCGCGGUGUUGACGGAUGAAAAAGUGACGAAUGGAUGGAAGACAGACGGUGGCCAAGGGCUAUUGUAAUUCCACCUUUAAAUGAAACUACCUGUAUGCUAAAAAUAUAGGUAGUAUCUUAUCACCACUAAUAGUUUUCAUUGAAAUAAUUGUAUAAAUGAUUUAAGCAAAAAUGAGUAAAUUACACAUUCAUAUUUUUAUUUUAAAGUUUUAAACCAACAUAUUGAAUUUGUAAAUAAUAUUGUGUCAUUUUGAAAGUUUCAUUAGAUCUAAGUUAAGGAAACCAAAUUAUUCAAAUACCUUAAAUUUUUUUUGUAGUAUACAAAAUCGUGUUACAUGACCACUUUGUCGACAAAACAAGCCAAUUCGAACAUGUGGCUUGGACAGUGCAUGAACCCGAAGUAAGUGUAGGUUGAACCAGUCUGUCUGUGAUGUUUUGAAAGACACAGCAACUUGAGAAGGACAAUUUUUUUUUCCUACUGAUUAUGCAAAAUGUGAGGAUGUUGUGUGCCCAAGAAUCUGGCCAAUCGAUUGAGGAAGUGUCCAAGUAAGAAGUGUCCGCAAGUGCUCCAGAUGUACAUUCUAGGCAAUAAAAGGAUGCGAGCCACUAAAAUUCCUUUCGCUUUUCUGCAGUUGGAGCUGUUCAAUUUCAAAAUAUCAGCAUCAGACUGUAAAAUAUUUCUGGCUUGCACCAUUGAACCCGGUGCUGAAACUGGUCUGAAUUCAAGUCUCAGCAGUAGGUAUUUUCAAGUUUUAAAUCAUGUUAUUCAUGGCAUGUAUUAAGUAUGUAAGCAUGCUAUAAAUUUUUUUGUACAUUUUAUACAUGCUAAUAGGGGAGGUAUAUGUUAUGAAAUAGCUUAACUGUUGCAUUUUAUCAAUCUGUCAUCAAAUGAUUCAGUUUUGGAGUUAUACUUCUUUAGGCGUGUCAAGGGUGAAACUUUAGUUUGCAACAAAAUGUGUGCGCAUCAUGCAAUGGAAAAUAACAGGACGAAGUUCACUAUGCAUACAAGUUUUUUUCCAGUUGUGAUCUAUUACAUAAUGUUCAACUAACACGUGGUUUAUUUAAAAAAAAAAUAAAAAAUUGUUCAUGUAACAAACCAAUUGUAAAACAAAUCAUUGAAUAUAUUUUUAAUAUUGAUCAAAUAGCUACAACGACCAGUACCUAUUUUUAAACAGUUAAUGUAAUUUGAUAGUCCCCAGGUUUAUAUAAUUUAUUAGACGAGAAAAUUGAGUUAAAUAGCACAUGGUAUUGACGAUAUUCACAACUUUGUUGGUUCUCUUUAAUACAAUGAAUGCUGUGCUAUUUCUUCCUUUUGAUGUCAACUAUAUGCUUUAUUUAAUCAUGCCGAAGAAUUAUAAUUUCUAAUGCCUGUGUAUAAAUACAUGCACCUCUUUUGUAUGUAUUAGGUACUCUAAUUGUCUUAACAAGUAGUAAUUAAUUUUUAUUUUUUGAA